CGUUGCAGUAGGAGGGUCCAUGUGCACAGAAUGACGUCGCUCUGACUUCAGUCCGACCGACUCCUUCGUUUGUUUUUAUUACUCUUUUUAUCCAGGGCACAGAAUCGGUAAUCUGCAAAAUCGUGGCCAUAAUGUGAGCUCAUCUGCCGCUGUCGUCCGACCCGUCGCUGUCGUUCGUCCUGUCAGCAGCAGCCGCUCGCUAUUGAGGAUUACUAGUGAUAAUACGCAGUAGACUUCUCCAGUGUGUCUAGCUGUCAAACUGAAAACUAUGUAUUGGAAAGAGUAGACAGAACACAAUUGUUGAUAGGCUAUUUAUUGACUUUGCUUUGCGGGUUUUUUUUUUGUCCUCUGGAUUAUCGCUGCCCAGCAACACGGCCACCUGACAACUCUGAAUGUCGUAAUUAAGGUGAAUCAAUGAGCCAGCAAUGGAGACUAAAAGAUACCAAAGUUUCUUUGAUGGAAGUGAUACAGAGAACAGAUGGUCGCAGGUCCCCAGCACCAUGGAGCACUGCUGCAGUACAGAGGAUUCAAGUCUGACCAACAGUGAUAUCCUGAUGGACAUAGUCAAUGUUAGCUGCCCUGCUGGAAGUCCGGCCACCGACUGCAAAGACAACAAUACAAAGAAGCAGGAGCAGCCAAUGCUUCGGCUCAGCCAGAACCAGUCAUUUGUUCUCCCACACUUCAACAACUCUCUCCAUGGUCAUAAGCAGGAAAUGGACUCCAAGGAGCUUUCCAAGACUGUGGCUGAGUCUAUGGGCCUGUAUAUGAAUGCUGCCAGGGAGGCAGACUUUGCCUUUAGCCAGCAUGGGGGUAAUACCAGCCCUGGGAAGAUGUAUCCAGUGUGUGGACGGCCUCUAGAGGACACCCAGUGUGGUUCCACAAAGAGCCCCAAGUUAAAGCCAUUUGGUUUCCAGCAGCCCAGCACCACUCCCAGAGAAUGCACUGCUGGGACUCCAGUUAGCUCAGCUUCAAUGCUGGCCUCAUCUCUGUCCUGCAGUCCCCAGACCUCCAGCUCCAUCUCUAGCCCCGGGGGCAGCAACAAUAUGGUGUCGUCAACCACCAGUCCUCAAACGUGCUUUGGACCAGUGUGCUCGUCCGUCAGUAGUCCUGUCAGCCAGACGUCUUGUGCUGCAACUCUGGCCAACAUCAAGCGCAGGAAUUCAGCCACAUGUAGCCCUGUAGAGUCCAGCACAGUGGGCUCACCACCACUCACCAGCCCACUCAAUGUCAUGAGGUCCCCCAUGUCCAGCCCCCAGAGUAUGAGUAGUGUGAGAUCGCCUCCGUCCUGCAGCACUACCUGUAACAUUAGGUCAUCUGUCUCAAGCCCCACAGGUGGCAGCUGCACCAGCACUGCCAACAACUGCAACACAGUAAGGCCCUCCAUCUCCAGUCCGGCCACAGGGGGCGCCAUGGCGGUCAGCAGCCCACAGAACCCCUCCUCGGGUGGGUUUCCUGUGUCCAGUCCUGCUGGUGGACUGGGUUUGGUGCAGAAUGACACCAACAGCCCAGAAGCAGCAGGUCUGAAAAGAGACACAGAUUUCAAGAACUUUGAAUUCCCUAAAGUAGAGAUGGUAGACGGGGAGGUGUUCAACGUUGGCUUAGACCAGAUGGGCAUGGUUAAGUACAUUAAGAAUGAGCCUGGAACUGACUUCAGGAGCAUGUGUUUAGGCAGCUCCAAAUGUAAUGCGAGUAGCACACCUUUUAUCACACAGAUUAAGAGUGAGCCAAACAAAAAUGAGGGAUGUAUGAACCCACAGCCCUAUGGUGAACAGUCACCAUCUCUUGGUCUCUUUCCUGCAUCUGAGACCACCUAUUUGUCCCUGAGGAAUAACGUUGAUGAAUACAGUCUUUCUGGUAUCUUAGGACCCCCUGUCUCCUCUAUGAAUGGGAACUAUGAGCCUGAUGUGUUCUCCAACAAUGUCCUGUCUAAAGGGGUUAAGCAGGAGUCCACUGAUGGCAGCUAUUACCAAGAGAAUAACAGCAUGCCCACAUCAGCCAUUGUUGGAGUUAAUUCCGGUGAACAUUCAUUCCAUUACCAGAUUGGAGCGCAAGGAACAAUGUCUUUCACACGGCAUGAUGUGAGGGACCAGUCCAACCCUUUGUUGAAUCUAAUUUCGCCUGUAACGGCGUUAAUGGAGUCGUGGAAAUCUCGGCCAGGCAUGGUGCAGGGGUCAUUGUCAGCCAGAGGUGAGGGAUACCCAGGUCAGAACUGCAUCACAGACAGCAUGACCAGCUCGCCACUGAGACAACCGUCCUCAACAGCCAAAGUGUGCCUGGUUUGUGGAGAUGAGGCAUCAGGAUGUCACUACGGUGUCGUGACAUGUGGAAGCUGCAAAGUCUUCUUCAAAAGAGCAGUGGAAGGUCAGCACAACUACCUGUGUGCCGGGAGAAAUGACUGUAUCAUUGACAAGAUCCGAAGGAAAAACUGUCCAGCAUGUCGCGUACGGAAGUGUCUCCAGGCCGGUAUGAACCUAGGAGCGCGAAAGUCCAAGAAGUUAGGGAAGCUGAAGGGAGUCAACGAGGACCUGCAGGGCUCUAAGGAUGGCCAAACUGCUACAGGUGGCGUUGGAGGCGGUUACCUGUCCUCAGAGAAGGAGCUGAACGCCAGCGCUGCCAAUGCCCUGGUGCCCCAUGGACCUGGGGUGGUCACACCUUUUCUGCCGCCCUCCAUCUGCAGUGUGCUGGAGCUGAUUGAGCCUGAAGAGGUGUACUCUGGCUAUGACAACACGCAGCCUGACACCACUGACCACCUGCUGUCCAGUCUCAACCGCCUGGCCGGAAAGCAGAUGGUACGCAUGGUGAAGUGGGCCAAAGUACUUCCAGGUUUCCGGGGCCUGCCCAUUGAGGACCAAAUCACCCUGAUCCAGUACUCGUGGAUGUGUCUGUCCUCCUUUUGCCUCAGCUGGCGCUCCUACAAACACACCAAUGGACAGAUGCUCUACUUUGCCCCUGACCUCAUCUUUAACGAGGACCGCAUGCAGCAGUCAGCCAUGUACGACCUGUGUCUGGGCAUGAGGCAGGUGAGCCAGGAGUUUGUACGACUGCAGCUAACCUACGACGAGUUCCUCUCCAUGAAGGUCCUUCUGCUUCUCAGCACAGUUCCCAAAGAGGGUCUGAAGAACCAGGCGGCGUUCGAGGAGAUGAGGGUUAAUUAUAUUAAGGAGCUCCGGCGUUCAGUGGGAAAAGCAACCAACAACUCUGGCCAAACCUGGCAGCGCUUCUUCCAGCUCACCAAGCUACUGGAUGCCAUGCAUGAUCUGGUGGGGAACCUGUUGGACUUCUGUUUCUACACUUUUCGUGAGUCCCAGGCCCUGAAGGUGGAGUUCCCUGAAAUGUUGGUAGAGAUCAUCAGUGACCAGAUACCAAAGGUGGAGUCAGGCCUCACUCACACAAUCUACUUCCACAAGAAGUGACUCACUCAACAGUUGAGACAGAAGCAGCAUUAAGAACUGGAAGAGAGGAGGAAGACGUUCAAGAAUAGAGGAAGAAGACAUGCGAGGAAGGCCCGACCAGUUGGCCUGCACCCUGUCGCCCAGCAUGCCAGGGUCCUCGUCUUGGAUGGGAAAGUUAAGUGACAUGGUGACAGAAGUAAAAAGGGGAGAAUGAUUUGACCCUGUAGUCACCAAGAGCGGGUCAGAGCUGUGAAUAGUUCGCUGAGCCGAGCGCGACACGCUGAGAAGGACUUGACAAAUGUGACAAAGCAUCCUGAAGUACCACCCCCCCCCCCAAAAAAAAGACGAUAACAGUAUUUUCUAUGGAGAUAAAGCCAUACAUUUCUUAGGAUGCGCUAGAUACAUUCACUGCGCACACACACACACCCCACACACACACACACACACACACUCAUAGAGGGAAAUUGACACACAUGCUGUCCACAUGCCUUCACACAAACGCACAGAUGCACUCCACAUGCACUAAAAUCAGAUUCUCUUACAAAUCUAGAGAAAAAGUUUUUGCAAAUAUUAACUGUGGCUUAUGCAGUCUUUCAAAAUAAUAGCACUAUGAAAAAAAGAAAUGCCAAUACUUAGAUUUUGCUUUGCAGUGUAGCAACAUGCUGCAAGACUACAGGGCAAAGGACAUUAUAGAGGAGGCACAGAAAUUCUAGACAGUAAGGCGAAAGGUCUAUUUGAAUAUAUUCCAAGGGCUAUACAAGCAUCAUCAUAAGCUGAAUAAUUACAUUAAAUCUAACAAGUCCAAGUUUGAAUCUCAAUCGGUGUCAUAGCAGCCAUCAUUAACAUUCACAUACUGAGUUUUUUAAUUAAAAUAUGUAGUAAAACAAUCAAAACUAAUAUGCAAAGGUCCAAAGCUAAAGCUGUUUUGAAAUAAAAAUGUCUCUCUUGUGUCAAGAAAUCUUGCACGUGAAGCUCCCAUGUCAUAAAGUCACUAUUUUAGGCAUUGUGGUGUAGAAUUAAGACAAUAUUGAUGAGCGAUUUUACCGUUGUACAAAAAUGGUCAGGAGUGCUGCAGGACGGAAAACAUCAUGCAUUUACGGAAACAAUUUCAGUAGAGUCCGCUGGUAAUGGAUUUGACUGAGGUGCAUCCAUAGUAAUUGUGUUUUGUGUUAUCUCCAGAGCAGCUGUCCAAAUGUCUGUUUUUACUCACAAUGAAGCAAAACCAGCCCUUUGUGAACCAACACUUAUCUACUCUUCCCAGAAAUAAUAAAAAGCAUUUUAUAAAAGUGUGUUGCAAAGGUUUAGUUUUUGACAAGCCAGUCAUUUUACAUUAAGGUGCUUCAUUUUUACAAAGCCAGGCAAAAUAUAACGUGUACAGUAACUCGUAGACAGUCCAUACAAUACACUAUAUGGACACGCAGUUUAAACACACAUACUCUGUAAAGUUGAUAUAAUCCAAAAUGGAGCAUUACUCUACAUUGCUUACAGCAAACGGCUAAUGUAUCAAAACCAGGCAAAUUUGUACAGGUAUUAACAACUUCUUAAACACGUUCUAUUGAGCUGUUGUACAGAUGAUGUUUUGAGGUACAUGUUGAUGAAUGUUUGAUGAAGAACUGUUGGUAUGAUCACCUUUCCUAAUUUAGUUUAUUUCCUUUCUCUUAUUUUUGGGCCAAGUACUACUAUUUUAGGUAUGGCAGGCCCAGUCAUCUGGUCCAUUAACUUGUCUCACACCCCACUGGUUUCUGGGUGGUUAUGGAACACUACUAUGAUGCUACUGAAAAGCGAUAUAGCCGCUGGGGAAGAAAAACAGUGGGGGCGUGUGAUUAUUUGUUUGUUGGGGUUUUUUUUUUUGCCCUGUGAGUGUGUAUUUACAUGUGUGAAUGGAGCGAGUAUGGCUUAAGUUUGUGUGUGUUUUUUUUCCUGGCAAGCAUGUGCAUAGUUGAUCUGCUCUUUCAGCGUGGGUAUUAUGCAUUUAUGUUAUAGGAUUAGCUGUAUCCUAUUUCCACAUUUAGAUUUGCACAGAGGAGAUACAAUGUGAAAUGAGGCAUUAGUGCAGCUAGCAGGAAUUUGUCUGUUUUGAUAAGCAACUGUGAUGAUGCGGGAAAAGACUUUCUGCAUGGUCACCCAGCCUAAAGUUAGACAACACUGGCACAGCAGGGUGGUAGUGUACUGUAUUUGUGGCCACAGCUCUCAUAACGAUGGCGCUGUGCUACAUCAUGAGGUCUCUUCUGUGGUGGUAAUUGUGUAAAGAUUGGUACACAAAGAGAUGGAGGUGGCAAGAUUACAACUGUCAUUAGGGACUGUACGAAAAUUAUUCGGGGGGGGGGUUCAGAAAAGGGGGUUAUGUAUUUUUGUCAGAAAGGCCUCAUUUUACAAUCCAUCUUUGCUGUGCAUUAUUGUUGUGAAGGACCCUUAAGCUAAUCUCUCACAGUUUCUUUAUUUUGCCCCUUUUUUGUCCUUUUUAAGGAAUAAAAAACUGUUUAAAGGUUCAUAGGAUGAAUGGGAAAGUAUUUUUGAGAGAAUUAUAUUUUGCUGGAAAACAAUAUUUAAGUACUUUGUCUAAAAAUGAUAUCCUUUUUGUAAAAUGAAAUGUUAAUGCAUGCUUUUUGAUGAGAUGUUUACAUUGUAUUUAAAAAAGGGAAACUUGUGCCUUUUUAUCUGACCUGAUUUACAAUUUUACAGUAUAUAUUGUAAAUAAUACAGCAAGUCCUUAUGUUGAGUAUAGUAUAAAGCAUUUCUACUUUAACCAUCUUGUUGGAAUAUUGGAAAAAUGUGUGUUUCCCACUCGCCAUGUUCUGUGUGUUGGAUCACAGAGAAGAAUUUACAGUAAAGGUUGGUGCCAGAAAGGGCCAAAUAGAGAAAUGAAUGUAUCAUACAUUGUGAGAGACUUAUGGAACUUACUACCUGAAUGUUAGAGAGAGUACAUUUAUUAUCUUAUUAAGUAAAGUUAUUUGAUUUUGCAUUUUUUUUUUACUUUUUGCAUCAUUGUUCAAGUGGCUCAAACAAAAAAAAUAAUAAUAAUCAAAAAGUAUUUCUUAUUUUGUAACAAGAUGUAUCACGUGAUGGAUCCUUGAGUUGUUGCUGUUGAAAUGAUUUCCUAACCCAUCGCGGUAUUGUUGAUGAGCACCAUAAUAAAAUCAAAAAAUCACAAACUAUAUAAACAUGGGAUAUGUGAAAGAAAGUUCUUGACUUUUCAGUUUUAAAAUAGAAACUUUAUGCACACACAAAAUGAAAUGAAAUGAUGGAUGUAGAGACUGUAGACCUGACAUUUAGCCAAUUCAGAUUUGACCAGUUUUUGACCAGUUAUUAACUGGACAUAUUGCACUAACUGCCAAAAUAAGUUUCAAUCAUAAAAGAAACAAAUUUGUCCCAAAGAAUGGUAAAAAAUAUUAAAAUCUAUACACAGUAAAUUCCUGAUAAUGACAACAAUAUUAUCAAUGAUCUUAUCAAGCCCCUUAAUGACCUUUUGCACUCCAGAAAUAUAGGCUUUGACUGUUGGCUAUUUAAUUUUUUUUUUGUUUGUUUUAAAGGAAUAGUUCAACAUUUUGGGAAAUUACACCUAUUAGCUUUCUUAGUAAAUAAGAAGCUACAGCCUAGAGACUGAGCUUAGUAUAAAGACUGGAAAAUGGGGGAAACAACUAGGCUGCCUCUGUCCAAAGUUCAGAAGGUCAAAUCCACCUGCCAGCACCUCUAAAGCUCAACAAUGAACAUGUAUCUUGUUUGUUUAAUCCGUAGGAAAAUCUUAAAAAGCUGUUUCCCCGUUUUCAGUCUUUAUGCUAAGCUAAGCAUCCCCUGGCUGUAUUAACCAUACAGACAUGAAAUGUUAUCAAUCUUCUAAUCUAACCCUCGGCAAGAAAGCAAAUAAAUGUGUUCCCCAAAAUGUUGAACCAUUCCUUUAAAGGAGCAAAUUUAUGAACUGUUUAUUUAUUGGUUAUCAAUCACCCCCCUACUGCAAACAAUAAAAUAAAAGCUGUCUCCUUCUAAAUAAACUCCUUUUAGGCAUGAAUGACUCAGAAUGUGUUCAACUGCUGUUUCACAGUACACUAUCGCGUCACUGUAUGUGGAGUCAUAUCAUUGCCAUUUUCUGUUCAUGGUGAUGAAUCGGGUGUAGAGAGACUAAGCCAUAUCUCCACAGCCAUGGCAGUGCAUUUCUUAUUAAUAUAUAAAUAUAUACAAAUGCUUUUUUUUCCCAAUUCCAAAAAUGACUUUUUACUCAGAUGCUUUGUACAAUAUUUCUCAGCCACUAUCCAGCAAACAUACAGUAGACACCCUUCAACAUAAACCAAUAAAACAUCUUUGAAACCAGUUACUACUGUAUAUCUUGAUGCAGAUAUUGCCAUACUUGUGUUUGCAAAACUAUUGCAAGAUUCUAAUAAAACUGUUAAACUGA